AUCGGCAUAUCGCAUAGCACAAUUAUCGAUAGUUUGUACAAGCAAAUAAAUUAUCAUAUGGGCGAAAAUUAAAUGACUUGAGAAAAUAAGCCAAACAAACACUAAAUAUUGACGAAAAUGUUUUUAAAAAUGAGCUACAUGGCAAUUGUGCUAUUCAGCUUGCUGGCAACUAGUUGGAGUUUCUUGGAGCACGAUAGCUGGAUAACAAUUGAUUUGCAUCAUUCGCUGUCCAGCUCAAAACCCGAUCAUUUUUCGCAUCGCGGAAAUAUCUCCAUACCAAGCUUAAACGCAGGCUUGUCCACUGUUGUGCAGAAUCCAUUAACAGCAGCUGAACUGGAUAACAUUAAGCUGCUGGCGAAACAAAAUGGUUUCUAUCGCUUACGGGCAACUGUCUCGUAUCCCAAUGGCAACGUUCAGCGCUUUUUGACCUCCAGCAAGGCGUGCAGUCUGCUCAUGGCUCAAUUCAAUGACGUGCUCUGGAUAUCCCUGGAUCCAUAUGGCUAUGUAACGGGAGUCACUGCCUCACAGGAUCUGGCUCCAAAGAGUUCGGAGUGUUCCACUGACGACAUUCAGCAGGUCAAGGAGAACAAUUUCAGCUCCGACGUCAUCAUUCGUCACGCGGAACUGGCUCCAGUUCCGGACACGGGCAGCUUUAUACAGAAAUUCGAGCGAGAGAGAGAGGCAAGGGAGAGGGGCGAGGUGCGCGACACUCGCGGCUUCUUCGCCAAAUACUGGAUGUACAUUGUGCCCGUGGUGCUUCUAGUCUUCAUUUCGGGCGCAACCAAUCAGGAUGCAGCCAAAUAAACAUAGACAAUUUAUAUUUGUAUUGUAAUUGCUAAUAAAUAAAGCACGAUUUGUGUUCGACUCUCAAGUCUUCAAACGAA